AUGGGCAUCUGGGGGUCGCAUCUGUACUCCGUGCAGCCGGAGAAGCUGGAGGAGUUGAUUCAGAACUCCCUGAGGCCCUAUGGAGAAUGUCAGAAACAGAUCGAUGACACGGUGAACGCCAUCUGUGCCUUCCUGGAGGAAACCAGGCAGCUCCCCCAAGUGAUAUGUGUGGCUAAAGGUGGCUCCUGUGGCAGGAAAACGAUGUUGAGGGGCAACUCCGAUGGUACGAUUGUCAUCUUUGUGAGUGACCUUGAGCGGUUUCAGGAUCAGAAAAAAAGCCAAGAUGAAAUCCUCAGCAAGAUCUGGCAGGGGCUGAAAACCUGUCAGCUCACAAUGAAGCUGGAGGCCAGAAUGGAGAUCCGGAAGCUCCAUGGUAGGCUCAUCUUCCAGCUGUCCACCAAAUGGCAGAGCAUCACUUUUGAGGUGCUCCCUGCUUACAACGCUCUGGGCUUAAGUGAGAAGCCCAGCCCCCAGAUCUACCGAGAGCUCAAAAGAGCCCUGGAUAUGACAAAAGCCCUCCCCGGCGAAUUCUCCGUCUGCUUCACAGAACUCCAGCAGAAGUUUUUUCACAACCGUCCCAGAAAACUGACAGAUUUGAUCCUCUUGGUAAAGUACUGGUACCAACAGUGCCAGGCAAAGCUGAAAGAGUCACCCCCGCUGCCCAUGUAUGCUCUGGAGUUGCUGACAGUCUACGCCUGGGAACAGGGGUGCGGAGCAGAAAACUUUGACAUCGUGGAAGGCCUCAGAACCGUCCUGGGGCUAAUCAAACAGCAGGAGCAGCUGUGUGUCUACUGGAUGGUCAACUACAACUUUGAGAAUGAGACGGUCCGGAACAUUCUGCUGAGCCAGCUCCGGUCAUCAAGGCCGGUCAUCUUGGACCCAGCCGACCCGACCAACAACGUGGGCAAAGAUAAGGCGUGCUGGCAAAUGCUGCAGCAGGAAGCUCACAUCUGGUUGUCAUGUCUCAGCCCGAACGGGCCACCUGGGCCGUCGUGGGAUGUUCUGCCAGCGCCACUGUAUGCGACACCGGGCCACCUUCUGGAUAAGUUCAUCAAGGACUUUCUCCAGCCCGACAGAAAUUUCCUGUGCCAGAUUGCGACAGCUGUUGACAUCAUCUGUAGAUUCCUUCAAAAAAAUUGCUUUCCACAUUCAGCUACAAGAGUUCAGAAAACUGUCAAGGGAGGGUCGACCGGCAAAGGCACGGCUCUGAAGACGGGCUCCGAUGCCGACCUCGUGGUGUUCCCAGACUCGCUUAAGAGCUACACCUCCCAAAAAAGUGAGAGGUGCAGUAUCAUCAAGGAAAUCCGUAAACAGCUAGAAGCCUGUCAGCAGGAGAAAAAGCUCGAAGUGAAGUUUGAGAUUUCAAAAUGGAAGGCUCCCAGGGUGCUGAGCUUCUCUCUAAAAUCCAGAGUGCUCAACGAAAGGGUUGACUUUGAUGUGCUGCCUGCAUUUAAUGCGCUAGGUCAGCUGAACUCCGGCUCUACACCCAGCCCCAAGGUCUACGCGGAGCUCAUUGACCUGUAUAAAUCCUCAGACGCCGAGGGGGGAGAAUUUUCCACCUGUUUCACGGAGCUGCAGUGCAACUUCGUGGCCUUCCGACCCAUCAAGCUGAAGGAUUUAAUUCGUCUGGUGAAGCAUUGGUACAAACAGUGUGAAAGGAAACUGAAGCAAAAGGGGUCUCUGCCCCCGAAGUACGCCUUGGAGCUGCUCACCAUCUACGCCUGGGAGCAGGGGAGCGGGGCAGAGAAUUUCGACACCGCCGAGGGAUUCCGGACGGUCCUGGAGUUGGUCACAAAAUACCAGCAGCUCUGUGUCUUCUGGACGGUCAAUUACAACUUUGAGGAUGAGACCGUGAGGAACUUCCUACUGACCCAGAUCCAGAGAACCAGGCCCGUGAUCUUGGACCCGGCUGACCCCACUGGUGACGUAGGUGGAGGGGACCGAUGGUGUUGGCAUCUUCUGGCAAAAGAAGCUACUGAAUGGCUGUCCUCUUUCUGCUUCAAAGAUGGGACUGGAUAUCCUGUACGAUCGUGGAAAGUGCCAACAGUGCAGACUCCAGGAAGUUGCGGAUGUUCUCAUUCAGAAGUCAUAGGAUCCUGGAACCCUAAUGCUAGAAGAAACUUCUAG